AUGGAUCUACCGCAGGUCCAAGUUCCUGGCUCGGAGCAGAUCAAUACUCCGGGUCAUUCACAAUUAAAUUCCAAUCCCUUGAAUACCAGCAAUUCGACCGAUGUGGACAUGAAUGGUACCCAGCAGACAAGCGAGAUUGACGUAGCUCCUGAAGUGAUCCCUUUGCCGGAUUCGCAGCCAGAUCCUCUCAAGAGAAAGAAUACUGACAAGUUUUUGGACUUUCUUACCUCUCCAUUUGUUGAGAUCACCGUCGGUCAAGGGGAGGAUGAAACAGUUCUCAGGGCUCACCAGACCCUUCUCCUCGAGUCGCCCUUCCUGAAUGAAUUCGUGGGCAAAUUCGACACAGCCGGUCCACGGAGUAUUCUCCUCCCCACCGAGAAUGUCGAGGCAUUCCGAUGCUUGCUUCAAUUCCAAUACACUCGCGACUACACCGUGACGCAAAGCGAGGAACCCUCAAACGAGACAGAUGACAGUGGAGAGCAAUUGCUCAGCCACGCGCGUAUCUACACGCUUGCCGAAAAGUUGGGCUUGCUUCAUCUGAAGAGUCUGGCCCAUAAAAAAAUCCACAAAGUCAAUGGCACGCCAGGCGGCGAGUUGGCCUACGCCCGCUAUGUCUACACGCACACCCAACCUGAUGAUACCACCAUCAGAAGACCUGUCGCCUCGUAUUGGGCCUCCCGUGGCCAUAUUCUGCGACAUGAUCUGGAGGGCCAAUUUAAAAAGCUUUGUAUCGAUGUGCCGGAGUUCGCCUUCGAUGUGCUGACAAUUGUGAUGGACCGCAAUGAGAAAAACACAGAGGUCGAUUCGAGUAUUCGUGGUAGUGCUAGGAAGCGUCUUCGUGGUGAGAAGUAA